GAAGGCGACAUGAUCCUGGGCGAGAUGGAUCCCGAUCCCGCAUGUGGGACCAGUGAAGGUCAUUCGCAAGUCGCGGACGAAAAGACUGGGAAGGCUGCGAUACGGGAGGAUGCAGAAGCUGUCGCUGAAGAUCCCCUCCGCGGCGUCAAGCAUCGCCCAAGGCGACCAGAACGCGCACCCACAUCAGCCCCAAAAGAUCCUGCCCUCACCAACCUCGAGCACUCCGAGAAGCUCAUGCGCGAGCGAUCCAUCAAGUCCAAUCGACGACACAAAUUCGUCGACUGCCUCUCCGCCGAGGAUGUCAAUAUCGCCGAGCUCCGUAAGAUAGCCUGGGCUGGCAUCCCCCAAGACCUCCGCCCGAUGGCCUGGCAGCUCCUCCUCGGCUACAUCCCGCUUGCCACCCCGCAGCGCACCGCGACGCUCCAGCGCAAACGGCAGGAAUACCUCUCGCUCGUCGAGGUCGCCUUCGCGCGCGACCGCCAGGGCCUCGACCAGCAGAUCUGGCACCAGAUCGAGAUCGACGUCCCGCGCACGCGCCCGGGCGUCCGCCUGUGGAUGCACGCGGCGACCCAACGGAGCCUCGAGCGCAUCCUCUAUGUGUGGGCAAUCCGACAUCCGGCCAGCGGCUACGUGCAGGGCAUUAACGACCUCGCCACGCCCUUCUUCCAGGUCUUCCUCUCCGCGUACAUAGACGCGGACCCGGAGAACUUCGACCCCGGGCUGCUCCCGCCAUCCGUGCUGAACGCAGUGGAAGCGGAUACCUUUUGGUGUCUGUCGCGGCUGCUGGACGGGAUACAGGAUAACUACAUCUUCGCGCAACCCGGCAUUCAGAGAAGCGUGAGGAGGAUGGAGGAGCUGGUAAAGCGGAUAGAUGCCCCGUUAGCGGCCCAUCUCGCCUCGCAGAACGUGGAGUUUAUGCAGUUCGCGUUUCGGUGGAUGAACUGCCUGCUCAUGCGGGAAAUCAGCGUGCGGAAUACAAUUCGGAUGUGGGAUACAUAUCUGUCUGAAGGGCCAGACGCGUUCUCGCAAUUCCACCUAUACGUAUGCUCCGCUUUUCUGGUCAAGUGGAGCGAGAAGCUGCAGCAGAUGGACUUUCAGGGCAUCAUCAUGUUUCUGCAAUCACUGCCGACGCAGAGCUGGGGCGACGCCGAGAUUGAGAUGCUCCUGAGCGAGGCGUUCGUCCUCAACUCGAUAUGGCAGAAUGCGCAGAGUCAUUUCAACUGAGCACCUAGCGAGUAUGGCCUCCUUACCGAGAGUGGCUUCUCUGCUGAGGGAGGUAUCCUUUGGAGAUCUUGACGAUGAUGCGUAGUGCCUGUACAUAUCAGGCUGGAUGAUGGAGGAUCUUGCCAGGUCGCGCCGCAGGCGAGCGCGACUUGUGGAACAUCGUGUGUGGAAAUAUAGAUUAUCGCAUUGUAUCAGUAUGGCCAUGGAUACGCAUGCACAUUGACAACA